CUGGAAGGUCGGAUACUGCCACCUCCGCGAAUUGAAUACGGACGUAAUGCAACCGUUCCGAUUGAUCCUGAAAAGGUGAUCAAAAGUACUGUCGAAAAUAAUCAAAUUCUCUCAAAAUAUUCGACUCGACGAGUUUGA